AACUACGACCAACAUGUGGCGAUUGGAGCGAAACGCAAAGGUGGCAGGUGGCUUAUAAGAAGUUCUUGUUUUUCGUAACUUUUGCGUGGAAAUACCUGUGUGUGUAAUUAACAGGUGUAGAAAGUUUCCUACUAGUUACUUGGGUUUCUUCUUGUCUGCUUUUAUUAUCAGGGGCAGUAUGUCUGAAAUAAAUAUUAAUGAGCCCCGAUGGGACCAAAACACAUACUGGGGGCGAGCUAAACACUUUUUCACUACAACAAAUCCUUUAAAUUUACUGUGCAGCAAUGCUGAACUGGAUAGAGCAAAGGAAAUUGUUGUUAAAUGCAGAAAAGAAGAGAAAGUUAAUCUUUCUGAAGAUGAAAUCUGGCGGGCAAAGCAUAUAUAUGACUCAGCUUUUCAUCCUGACACUGGAGAAAAAAUGAUUUUAAUAGGUCGAAUGUCGGCACAAGUACCUAUGAACAUGACAAUUACUGGAUGCAUGCUUGCAUUUUACAAAACAACACCACAAGUUGUAUUUUGGCAAUGGAUAAAUCAGUCUUUCAAUGCCAUUGUUAACUACACAAAUCGUAGUGGGGAUUCCCCUAUUCCUGUGAAACAGCUUGGGACUUCCUAUGUUCUUGCCACUUCUGGUGCUCUUGUUACAGCUCUAGGAUUAAAUAAUUUAGUAAAAACUGCACCACCUUUGAUUGGCCGUUUUGUUCCGUUCUGUGCUGUUGCUGCUGCAAAUUGUGUUAACAUUCCAAUGAUGCGGCUAAAGGAAUUGCAAGAAGGUAUACCUGUUGUUGAUAAAGAUGGUAACAAAAUUGGCUCUUCCAAAAUUGCUGCUAAAUGGGCAAUUGCUCAAGUUGUAUUAUCUAGAAUUGGAAUGGCUAUGCCUGGCAUGUUAAUUCCACCAGUAAUAAUGAACCAUUUGGAUAAAAAAGGAGUUCUGAAGAGGUAUCCAUGGAUAAAUGCUCCUCUUCAAGUGGGUCUUUGUGGUCUUUUCUUAGUAUUUGCAACACCUCUUUGCUGUGCACUUUUCCCCCAGCAAAGUUCUAUUGCUGUUGAUAAUUUAGAGCCAGAACUACAAGAAUGUAUUUCAAAACUCAAGCUAUCUGAAAAGUAUUUGUAUUAUAAUAAAGGUCUUUAAUGUUAACUAAUACAUUAUUAUGUAAUGAAUUCAAAUUAAUUUUAUACAUAGCUUUAUGUGUGUUUUUUUUAAGAAAGAAAGUUAUAAAGUAUUCUGCUGUGGA